AUGCGAGGCAUUGAAGGAUCCCUCAUACCUCGAACUCGUCAUUUCCAUGUAAGCCCCAUGGCAUCUCUUAUUUUGGUCGGCCUCUUAAUAUCAUAUCUGCCACAGCAUUACCGCAUCAUUUCUCGAGGCACGGCAGAGGGGAUUUCCCCUUACUUUGUCCUACUGGGGACCACGUCUGCCACCUCGGGCUUUGCCAAUAUCCUGACAGUUCCCCAGUCUCGCGCCGCCAUCGGGUGUUGCAAAGAACUAGAAAGAUUUCAAUGUGCUGCUGGGUUGCUGGGCGUCGCUCAACUUGGGACACAGUGGGUCUGUUUUACCCUGGUUCUAUUUCUCAUAUUUUUCCGAUAUCAAGACGCAACCAUACCUUCUGAGGAGCUGGGGGGAGAAUCUCCCAAAUGGCAAACCGCGGUGGGUGUUGGACUUGCCUGUGUCAUCCACGGGCUCCUGGUAGUCAUUAUCACUGGGGUGUUUACUAUUGCGUUGCCGAACCAUUUGACGGCAUGGGCGGACUUUUUGGGAGUCAUGGCUACGGUGCUGGCAGCAAUCCAAUACUUCCCGCAGAUUUGGACCACGUACCAUUUGAAACACGUUGGGAGCUUGAGCAUCCCAAUGAUGUGUAUUCAGACGCCUGGUGGCUUUUUGUUUGCCGCGAGUCUGUACGCUAGACUUGGCCCCAAGGGUUGGAGUACGUGGGCGAUCUACCUUCUCACGGCUUUGAUGCAGGGUUGCGUCCUUGUUCUGGCGGUAUACUACGAGCUGGCUGCACGACAGCAUGAACGCCAGCAGUUGAUCCAAGAUGGCAGUGGUCAUUACUCACCCUUGGAGAAUUCAGCACCCCCUCGACGUCCGUCGGCAAGCCGAACGUACUCGGAAGGAUGGGAACGAGGCUUACCGGGCCCUUUCACGGGACACCCGGAGCGAUAUGCCGAGACUGAGGAAGACUUGGACGAUAUUCAAGAGAGGGAGCAGAGGGCUAUUGAAAGAGAGAACCAGCCCUUGUUACGUCCUGGCGGUAUUGGCAACCCUCGGAAGAACUAUCGAACUACCAAGAAACGUUGA